UCAAUUUAAGAUGGCGGAAGAGUUGUGAAGUGGGAUGUUUGGGAAUUGACAAGGGCAAUGGACUCCAAGGAGGUCAUCAUAAGAAUCUGUGAUCUGAACCCUCACGUGGUGUGUAGUCUUUGUGCAGGAUACUUUGUUGAUGCUACAACUAUUACUGAAUGUCUCCACACAUUUUGCAAGAGCUGUAUAGUGAAAUAUUUCCAAACCAGCAAGAAAUGUCCCAUGUGCAACUUGCAGAUACAUGAAACCCAACCUCUCUUCAAUCUCAGAUUAGACAGAACAAUGCAGGACAUUGUGGCUAAAGUUGUUCCCGGCAUUCUUGAAGCUGAGGAGAAAAGAAGGCGAGAAUUUUAUGCAUCAAGAGGAAUGGCUGUGGAAAAACCUGCUCAGGGUAAUGGAGAUGAAAAUGAGAAUGAAAAGCCAACCAGGGAAACUUCAGUUAAAAGAGACUACUCUGAGACUAAAAACUUGUAUAGAGAUGAUGAGCAAGUUUCCCUCUGUGUUGAAAGAUAUGAAGACGGCCUAGAAGAAAAUGAAGAAGAAACAGAUAAUAAUGGACCAGCCACAACUGUGGGAACACUGAGUAAGAAAUACAUACGAUGUUCAGCUCGCAUGAUGGUGGUUCAACUUCAGAAGCUCUUACGAAUGAAGCUCAACAUUCCCAAUGAAAAAGAGGUGGAAAUUGUGUGUAAUGAACAUGUGAUUCAUCCAUUCAGAACCAUGAAGUUUAUUUGGAUAAGCGAGUGGUUAGGCAAGGCACCACCUAUGGUAUUACAUUACCGUGUUCAUGAUAUCUCUUAAGAACUGUCGUACUUUAAACAAUUGUGCACAAGAUGGCACAUGUGCUGAAUGGAUGAUGCCUCAAUUACGCCAGAGAAGACAACGAAGAUGUCAACUUUGUAAGAUACGGAAAGCCAGUGCAUAAAAAAUAAUGAUAGUAAUGACUGGGUUGUUCGCUUACCACGUUUAAUCUUCAGUUGUUGUUACCAGUAGGACUGAAGUUGACUGAGAAUGGAAUUUGCCUAGUGUCCAUCCAAUGGCUUUAGAAAAUUCAUGAUACAGUCGAUUAUACUACAAACAACAUGAGUGGAUCAAAAAUUGUGAGGUCAACAAGUCGUCACCAGUACGAGUCAUGAACUGCACAGCCCUUUUGUUGGUAAAUGAUUCUCGAAAAUCGACUCUCUGACUGAUGAAAAGAUGCGUGUACCCCUAGAAUUUGUGAAACACUGUCUUUUGCCUCUGUCUUUCUUGGCCUAAAUCUUGACUCAUGAAACGCGAAAGAAGAAUGUGGCAGGCAUCCAGCCGUCUUGACCCCAUAAUGAUACUAAGUUAUACAAUGUCAUGCAGGUGGCGUGGGUUUUAACGAGCUGGGUUUAUUGUCACAGUGGUGUUGAUAUUUCGUAGACUACGAGCAGCUCCUUUCUACCAUCUCAUUUCACUUCUAGUGUUAAAAGAAAUCCGUCGGCGCCGCACAGACUCUGAGAGUGAACUCUCUGUAAAGAGAACUCUGCCACCUUCUUCUUCUUUUCGCCGAAUUCAUUUAACUUAACGCGACAGACUAAGCUGGUGAGGAGCAGCUCGCGAUAAAACACUCGCUAUCAGUGCCAGACCCCUCGCAAACUUGCCAUGCCUAAGGCAUCACACUUACUUGCGAGCGAAGAAACGCACUUGCAACAGGGCUACAAAUGAUAGGCCUGCUCUGGGGCUAGUAAGGAGGGACUGAUCUCAGACGAACACAAUGAGACACGUUCAGCAGCAAAUAAUGUAAAUAAAAUAUUAAAGUAAAUAUUGUGUUUUAG